GCUCGGAUAAGAUAGAACGCGGCGCUCACCUUUAAUCGUGCGUUUUAUCGAAUUGGUUUUAAGUUCUGGCAACUCUUUCCAAAAAGAUUCUGCGGUUGCGUCAAACGCAACGAAAACAUUGAACGGAUUAUUUUUAUUAAAGAGCUACUCGCGAAAUCGUAUUUUGAAUUUAUUUUUUGAGAAAUUGGCUAAAAAAAAGCUAUAUUUUGAUGAAAGUAGACAAUGGAAAUUAGUGUAAAAUGGAUAGCGAUCGGAAUUUUGUGUUUCGAAAUUUCUCUCUGCGCAGCUUAUUACAAUGAAUAUAUAGUUGAAGAUCUUUGUAAAUAUGGAAAUGAGACAAUAAUUUAUGAAACACCCAAAGAAGGAGCUGGCACCUUGAAAGCUACUUCCCAGCCUCCCUACAAACCUAAUAAGAACUGCACAAUUAUAAUUAAACCACCAGCGGACCGUGGUAUUGUUCUCAGUAUACGUAAAAUAGAUAUGAGAGAAUGGAGGUAUUUCUGUCACGAUUAUAUAAAAAUAUAUCAUUCAGACCGUUACACUUCUCCAAAAGUAGUCUGUCGUUUUCAGUUUGAUUUAAAGGAGAAGGAUAGUUUUUAUACCAAAGGACCCAUGACAAUUAUUUAUCACGUAGGCCCUGCUUUAUUUCCUGCUUUCACUUUCGAAGGAGGAUUUACUUUGACUUACACAGUCGUUUCAGAAGAUUUACAAGAUUGUGUGAAAAAGGAUACAUUUAGAUGUGCGAAUGGUAGAUGCAUUCCUAAUGAUCUGACUUGUGAUGGUAGAAACAACUGCGGCGAUAGAAGUGAUGAAUCUCAUAUAGUCUGCGAUUCAAAUCCAUUGGGAUAUUUACAGAAAAUGGAUACUGUCUACAUAGUAAUCUUGAGUGUCCUCGUUGUAUGCAUUAUCGUUAGUAGUGCUGUUUUGGUGUCUCGAAGAAGAGGAAGAAGGCUUGUAGAUACAGAUUCUGUGAGUGAUCAAGACGAACCAACCUCUAGAUUAGCACCUUUCCAAGCUGUGCAUCCCGCCGGAUACUUCAUAAGCCAGAAUCCUGCAGGUCCAAAUUCUCUUUAUCCUCAGCAUUCCAAAGUUGUGCAGUUGGAAGGAGGAUUUACAAAUCCAUGUUAUCCACAUGGAGUACCUCAACCUCCACCACCUUAUAGUCAGUGAAAGAAAGAGAGAAAGAAAACAUUGAAAUGUGCGUUUUCUUUACAAUGUAAAAAAAUAUGUCCAUUCAUUGAGAAAUUGAAGAAGGUCAAGAAAUGGAAAAGAAACUGAUUGUUAGUAUUAAGUCUUUUUUUAAUGAAAUUCAGGAAUUUUCUACUUAGUGUAUAUUCAAAAAAUACUUCGUUUCCGUUACUGUAAUGGGAAAGCUUUGUUUUUGUUUAAGUAAAGAAAUUAAUUUGUAUAAAUUUCGAUACACAGUGGAUGCUUCUAAAAUGGGUUGAAAAGAAUAGGAAUAUUUAACAUCCAAACUAGUUAGAUAAGGUUUAAUAAUGAUUAAAACAUCUGAUGGUCUAAGAAAUUGUUUGUAAAAUGGUAUUUAUUUAGUCAAUUUUUUCUCACACAAGCAGUGAAGAAAUAUUCAUUAGCAAUACUUUUAAACAUAUUUCAUAAUUUUCAUGUAUUGAUAUCACUAUAUCAUAUUCACAAUUAAGUCGGAAAUUAUGCUUCAAUAUUUACAGGUAAUAGCGAUUUUUUACAUUUUGGAACGUGUAGAGGUGCAAAUACAGUUAUCGCAGCAACUCCAUUGUACGUAAUAAAUCACAUACUUGAGAUUAUGGUCUUUUCUACUCAAAAUGAAUCAUUUUUUCAAUUUUGAUCAAUUUUUGUUUCCUGACAGCAAAGUACUAAUAUGAUGAUUUGAAAAGAAGACAGCAAAUGAGCAUAUUAUCUUAAUCCAUUCGCGAUUAGGGUCUCAGAAGUCAUAUAUAUUUGUCACAAUAGACGUUUUAUUAUUUAAAUAUGAUACCGAUUAUCAAUGAAAUGAAUUAAAUUUAAAAGAAAAAAAAGUAAAUAUUUUCUAGAAAUUUUGAAGAGUUACAUAAAAAAACACUCGAAUGUUUUCUUUCACAUUUUAGAACUUUUAAAAAAAAUUGCAUCGUAUUCUUUUCUCACAAGUAUUUUUUCGAAACAAAAGUUGUCCCGGUUAUAUGAAAAUUAAAAACUCUAUAAUUUUCAUAGCCCAUUUAUAUGUGACACGAUUUUAUACAAAAAAUUAUCAUAAACUGAUAAUGAAUACCCAUCACAUAUUUGUAACGUCGGGCUCAGGUAAGAAAAUUAUUAAAUAUUUGUUAUGCGGCAUCAAUAGGGUUAAGCGAUUCUUUUAUUUUUCGCUUUAAAAGGUAUUUCAAAUUGCCGCUUUAAAAGGUAUUUCAAAUUGCCGCUUUAAAAGGUAUUUCAAAUUGCCGCUUUAAAAGGUAUUUCAAAUUGCCGCUUUAAAAGGUAUUUCAAAUUGCCACUUUAAAAGGUAUUUCAAAUUGCCACUUUAAAAGGUAUUUCAAAUUGCCACUUUAAAAGAUAUUUCAAAUUGCCACUUUAAAAGGUAUUUCAAAUUGCCACUUUAAAAGGUAUUUCAAAUUGCCACUUUAAAAGGUAUUUCAAAUUGGUAUUUUAAAAGGUAUUUCAAAUUGCCACCUUGAAGGAAAAUUAAAAAAUUGACCUAUAGUGAAAAAUUGAUCCAUCAGAAAUUAUAGUAGAACAAAUUAUAAAAGAGAUAUCUUUAUUCAUUGUUCAUUUCUUUGCUUGGUGAACAUUACUGAUUAUGCUGAAUAAUACUGAUUAGAAUUGUAUCAUCCGCUUCUUUGGUGAAAUUUAUCAUUUUAUUAUAACUGUUGCCAGAAGCUAGGAGGAAUGUAGAUUCUUUAAAUAGUAAAUAAUAAACUAAACAGGUUCUCAACAUUAUCUUAUUCUACAAUUUCUUUUAAAUAAACUAUUUUUCAAUCUAUA